UGCAACGGAAACAUUCAUUUUCCUCGGACUAUUAUUGAGGUUGUGGGCGAGUCUGGGAGCCUUGAAAGUUGAUUUAGACAUUUCGCAAUAAAAUAGGAGACACAGCUUUGACUUAAAGAAAUAAGUAUGACGUCUCAGGAGCAGAACAACUUUAGGAAAUAUGAUAUGGCCAUAACUUCCUACACAGAAAGUACAGCUAUUCCAACUUCAGAAACACGUAUAUGGAAAUCAUUUAAAUCGGAGGCUACUCUCGAAACCAUGAAACGUUACAGGAAACCACGUGAAUAUAUUAAAGGGUAUGAAAAGUGUUUUUCGGAGACUAUUGAAGUAAAGCGCCACGUUCAUCGAAACUAUAUUUCCACUGUUGUAUGCGAUACAGCCCAUUGUCCUCGUAUUUACAUGAGCGGUAUAACUGUCCAAAUCUAUCCACAAGCUAUCCCAAAGGAAACAAUGGCUAUGCAAAAUAUUUUGAACGUAUGGGGUAGAAAAAGAUAAUUCAAAAGAUGACUAUAGUAUUUUAUUGUUCAGUGUAUUUUUUAGUCCCAUUUUAAUAAAUGAAAUUGCUAAAAGUUUUAAUAAAACAUUUUAUUAGUAUAGUA